AUGGAUGAAAUGCCUAAAAGAAUAUUCAUUACAGGUACUGAUACUGAUGUUGGUAAAACCUUUAUAUCUGCUUUACUAGUUAAGAAAUGGAAAAUGGCUUACUGGAAACCUUUCCAAACUGGCUUAAACUGUGAUCCUGGUGACACUAAAACAGUCACAGGCUUAAUAGGGGCGGAAUUGAAGACUUCAAGUCCAGCUGUGGAACUUCAAUUACCUUUAAGUCCUUGGAGAGCUACUGUUUUGGAAUCAAAAUCAUUGAUUGAUCUCAAUACAAUCAACAUCCCAAAUGAAAUACAAGAUCUUCCAUUGAUUAUCGAAGGUGCUGGUGGUGUCCAAGUACCAAUUAAUGACAAACAAAUUACAACUGAUUUAAUAAAACAAUUUGAUGUUCCUGUGAUUGUUGUUGCUCGAUCUGAAUUGGGCACUUUAAACCAUACUUUAUUAACAAUUGAACAUUUACAAAAUAGAAAAGUGAAGGUUUUGGGAGUUAUUCUUAAUGGUGAUAUCAACAAUGAUAAUGCCGAUACAUUGAAAGCUUAUGGUGUCAACAUCAUUUGCCAAAUACCAAAGUCAAAAAGUUUACAAGAAGUUGAACAUUUAGUUCCUAAUUUAAAAGAUGUAUAUAUAUAUAACUGA